AUGGGAAUCAAGGGCCUCAAUGCCAUCAUCUCGGAGCAUGUGCCCUCUGCCGUGCGCAAGAGCGAGAUCAAGAACUUCUUUGGCCGCAAAGUGGCCAUCGACGCGUCCAUGUCGCUCUACCAAUUCCUCAUCGCCGUGCGCCAGCAGGACGGAGUCCAGCUCGCCAGCGAGUCCGGUGAAACCACGUCGCAUCUCAUGGGCAUGUUCUACCGUACGCUCCGCAUGGUUGAUAACGGCAUCAAGCCCUGCUACGUCUUCGACGGCAAGCCUCCCGUGCUCAAGGCGCACGAGCUCGAUAAACGUACCUCGCGGCGUGCGCUCUCGGAGCAGAAGCUCGAAGAGGCCGUCGACGAGGCCGACCGUAUGAAGCACGAGCGGCGCCUGGUGCGUGUCACUCCUGAGCACAACGCAGAGGCCAAGAAGCUGCUGGGCCUCAUGGGCAUCCCGUACGUCGAGGCCCCGGGCGAAGCCGAAGCCCAGUGUGCAGAGCUCGCCAAAAAGGGCAAGGUCUACGCCGCCGCCAGUGAAGACAUGGACACGCUGUGUUACCGCACCCCGUACUUGCUGCGCCACCUCACGUUCUCCGAGGCCAAGAAAGAGCCCAUCCACGAAAUCAACGUCGAGCUCGUGCUGCAGGGCCUGGGGCUCACCAUCGAGCAGUUCAUCGAUCUCGGCAUCAUGCUGGGCUGUGACUACUGUGACAGCAUCCGCGGCGUGGGCCCCGUCACUGCGCUCAAGCUCAUCAAGGAACACGGCUCCCUCGACAACAUCGUCGAGUUCAUCCGCUCGGGCGAAGCCAACACCAAGUGGAAAGUGCCCGAAAACUGGCCCUACAAAGAAGCUCGCGACCUGUUCCUGCACCCAGACGUCGUGGACGCUGCCAACGUCACUUUGAAAUGGGCCGAACCCCAGGAGGACGCCCUGGUCGACUACAUGUGCCGCGAGAAAGGUUUCAAUGAAGAGCGGAUCCGCUCCGGUAUCAAGCGUCUACAAAAAGGUCUCAAGACCGGCGUACAAGGCCGCCUUGACGGUUUUUUCAAAGUAAAGCCCAAGACGAAGGACCAACUUGCCGCAGCUGCAGCCAAGGCCAAGACCGCCAAGAAAACAAAGGGCAAAGUGGGCAAACCUAGAAGAUAG